AUGGAAUGCUUUCUGAAAGAAAAGAUUUUAAUUAUUGCAUUUCAGUUGAAGGUUUAUAUCCAAAUUUUUGUCUCUGAAAAGCAUUGUGAAUUUCACUUGUAUUCACUUGAAUUUAGGCGUACUUUUAAUCCUCUGCGCUAUAUAUCAAAAAGGGUGCAGGUCUAUUACUCAAUGAUCUCGGCUGCUGUUGACAACAACAUCCAGACGUGUUCAAACGAAUCUAGUUACCAACAUUUUUUGGAUUGUUUGGUCUUACCAGGGAUGACUUUUGAAUUAACAGGACCUGAUAAGAUUAUUACUUGGUCUAUUGGUCCAGGUCUUGUUUACGUACCAGCAUCUAGAACGAAAAGUGCUAUGGGCAAGCAUAAACUGGCGGACUCAGUUUUAGUGAAACAGUUUGGUGUUUUGAAAUUCAAAAGGAAAACAGUGAAAAAUUCGGAGCCACUGACCUCAGUCAAGCGUUUUAAAUCCAGUGACUCAUCGGGCGAUACGGAAGAAAAUUAUAUUUGGAUAGAGAGCCCACCAUGCUUUCGUUCAGUAACCACAUUACUUCCGCUUAGUCGACUUUCAUAUCGUUGUCAUGUUGGUCAGUUCCAAAAAGAGGACAAGGUUAUUGGUAUUGUAACAAGAAGAGCUGGUAGAAAUUUUGUGAUUGACAUUGGUUGCGCCACUCCUGCUACGAUCAAAUACCAAUCGUUUGAAGGUUCUUCUAAAAAGAACCGUCCUGAUAUUCAUGCAGGUGAUGUCAUUUUUGCCAUGAUUAAGCGGGCUGAUAGAGAUUUAGAAGUCGAGUUAUCAUGUGUAGAUGAAGCGGGAAAAGCUUGUGGAAUGGGCAUCCUUGGUCGUUAUGAACCCGGAACAGUUGGAAAUGCUGGAGGUCGACCUGGAGGUAUACUGUUACACUGUACUCAGGACUUAGUCAGACGACUAGGCGAUCAAAAAGUAUUUCCUUUGCUUCAACUUUUAUCCAAGGUCUUUCCAUUUGAAGUGUUCAUUGGUGUUAAUGGCCGAAUUUGGUUAACAGCGAAUUCUCCCAGAGAAACUAUGAUCCUAGCCAACGCUAUUGCAAUUGCUGAGCACAUAUCAAACGAUGAAUGUUGUAGGUUAGCCAAAGAGCUUUAUUGAGUGCUCCCAUUAUAAAUAUUGACAUUCAAGAACUUUGUACAUAAUACUGAUAUUAGAUAUUUGCAAUCUAUAUUUCGAUUCUGAAAUAAAAUAACAUGUGGACAUACUUGUUCCCGAUCACUCUUCCAUUAUUCAUUCAAACUCUGAUUAACUCAAGUCAAAAAUCAAAUACGAUCAUUAUAAAAGUAUUUUCCCUAUACAUAAGAAAAUACAUCACUUCAUCAGGCCCUUCACGCCCACAGUGCAACACAUUCAUUGUUCUCAAGAUGAACCUCAAAAGCGAUAUGAAUUCAUAUGCUUCCAAAAUUCCCAUCACCCCACACAACACCCCACGAAUAAUACCCAAUCAUUUGGGCAUCGAAACACAGCUACAGCCUAAUGAGAGCCUGCCAGCAGUGGAUUCCCCUAGCUUCAUUCGAACAGGUAGACACAACAGGACUGACUAUGAGUCGUCGAGUGAUCAUCAUGAGUGGUUCAACUUGACUAACACGGAGUCCAAUAUCUUUC